GUGAAGGAAGACGUGCGAGGAACGCGUUAUUCACGCAAGCUGAAAGAACUACCUUCCCCUUUGGACAUCUUGACGUUACUAAUUGCUACCCAUUCCCUCUCCCAUCCCUUUAGUUACUGCCUCCGUACCAUCUGUUUAUGUGUUCAGCGGUUUCACUCGGGGAAAGUGGCUUCACAAGAUGGCGGACGUGAACAAUGCUAUGUGCGAUGUUUUCUGCAAUGAUUCUACCUAAAGAGCUUCGCAAAACUACAUGUUGAGAAACAGAAUGGCAGCUCUUCCUGACAGUAAUAGUAGUGAUGGAGCUGAUGAAGAUUUUGAAGGUUUCAUUGUCAGUCCUGAAGAAAAGGCAAGUUACAGAGUAUGGUCAAGGAAAAGGAGAGCUUCAAAUGCCUUUGAUAGUGACUCUGAAAGUGAAGAUGAUGAUGACAAGGAAGAUGAAGAAGAGGAUGGAGAAGAUGAAGAAAGUGAAGAACUAGAUGCUGUUCUUGGUGAUGUGAACUUACAUGAAUCUGGUGAAGAGACACCGUCAAGCAACACUGACCAGUGUCCAGUGUGUUUGAUGUCUCUCAAGGAGCAACUGUUGGGAACACCUAACAACUGUUCACACGUGUUCUGCUAUGAGUGUAUACAGGAAUGGUCAAAGAAUGCCAAUACUUGUCCAGUUGGACGGAAACCAUACACCGAAAUAUUAGUGCAUGCUUCAAGGAAAGGACCUGUGUUGCAAAGAAUACCAGUUGAAGAAAGAAUAGUAGAAGAUGAACUGGAGGAUGAUCCAACAUAUUGUGAGCUGUGUGGCCUGUAUGACAGAGAAGAACGAAUGCUCUUAUGUGAUGGAUGUGAUAAUGGUUAUCAUAUGGAAUGUUUAACGCCACCCGUGGAAUUCGUUCCUAUUGAGGAGUGGUACUGCCCCACGUGCUCUACUCAACAAGAGGGUUAUGGAAACCCUGAGGGCUUCCCUCAGGAGGGACAUAGGGAAGGAGGUCUGAGAGAGGUGCCUCGUGGAAGGCCACGUGGGAGACCACGAGGAAGUACUUCAAGGCGGAUUUCUGUUUCGGAACGAACAGCCCCUGCAAGAAGAGCUCGAACAGUAGCCUCUACGCGAGGUCGAGGCAGAACCCGCACCGCCCAGGGACGAGUGCGAGCAAGGAGUAGCAGUCGAGGGCGGGGACGAGGGGGCAGCAGUAGAGGUCGGUCGGAUUCAACCACAACUGGAAGGAAAAGAAAGCGGAAAAAGAAGAGGAACAAGAAUAAAAAGAGGACGGGCACAUCGAGUACAAGAAAUGAAAAGAAAUCUUCGAAAGGAAUAACAGUGAAGGGAAGAAAGCGGCGUCGCGUAAUCGAGGAAGACGAAGUAUCGCCAUUCAUCUACGAACCUGUUAGGCGUGGAAGAACGGUUCAUGCCAGACUGUUGGAAAGUUUGAAUGCAACCGGUCCUUCCACCGAGCCUGGCCGCUCACCGUCUCUAGGAAGAGCACCUUUUCCUAACAGAGUUGAACCAAGUUCGAGUUUUUCAUUAUUUGGGAAUGCUUAUGCCCUGUAUGACUUCGACGAUCGAGAAGACACACGCGAGACAGCGCGCACUGAGGUACAAGGUACUGUUUUGAGCUCAGCAUCGACCAAUCCAGAUGUCUUGGGAUCCAUAUUUCAAAACUUGGAUUCCUUGCACAGUCCCGGCGUACAAGUCGCGCGUGACGGGAAAUUAGUGAAGUCCACUGACCAACGUUCAGCCAAGGAUGUCAAGAAUAGAGAUGCAAAGUCAGCAAGUAACAUGGACGAAAUAAAAAAUGAAGUUAAUUUAGAGAUAGAGCAAAGGCCAGACGUGGUAGGGAAUCUUUUAGAUGACGAGGAAAAAAGGACAAAAACUAUGAAUAGCGUCAAACAUUCUUCAAGCGGCAAACAAGAUGAUAAGCAGGGUAAGAUCGAGAUCAUUUCCGAUGAACUUUCUCCUUCCAACUCAUCAGAGAAAAACUAUGCUGUUUCAUGUAGGAAACUGUCAGAUGCAGGAGAUAUUCAAGAUAGUUCUCGUGGAUCUUCAAAUAGUUCUCCCCCUCUAAUUCCUCUCUCUUUAAAACCGACGCUCUCUGGUUUCCGAAUUCCAAAACGGAGCUCAAUUUCGGAAGAUAAACCCAAUCAAACGCCGUCAAGGUUUCAUGGUGGCUCGUCAAGCGCUAAUCAGAUACGAAGUAAAAAUUUCUCCGUCAUUUCAAACUUUAAAAUACCAAAAAGGACAAGUUUAUCUUGUGAGGGAAAUCCAACCGAAGCUUUAUCCGAUACAGUCUACACUAAGCGUGUUAAAUCUGUGGGCCAGGCGGGAGCAACGCUCUCUUCGAGUACUGUAAAACCAGCAAAUACGUCAUUUUAUGGCUUAUCUCAAGACAAAGUUGUUUCUCAGUCUUGUCCCAAAUCUAAGGAUACAGAAAGUUCCCGAAUUUACUUUAACAGCGUGAUGACGAGAAAAGAUUCUCGGAGUGAGUCACCAACUGUACCUGGAGUAACUAGCGUGACUGGCGUGACAAAAUGUCAUGCCAAUAACGUUACUAGCGUUACUCAUAGACACACAACCAGCUCAAGGGCCGCUGCACUUUGUGUAACGAGUACAAGAAAUACCACUGCAAGUACGACAAAGGCUGCUGGCGCAUAUCACUGUUACAACAAAACCAUAAAUAUCUCACCGCCUCUGAGCAAGACAGUUCCUAUAAUCAAUCAACCACCGACAGAGAAAGAGCAGCGGCGUAGCAAUAUAGAAAUAAUAAGAAUGCUGAAUGAAAAGCAGAAGAGUAUGAGGAAACAGAUGUUAGGUGAUCGUAAAUGCACUUCCGUUUCUGGUGACUUGGCAGGUGCGCGCGCGUUACAACAGAAGGGACUUUGUGUUUCUGAAAAGUCACCAAAAUGUGGGAUUGCGGCAUUACCGAUUGCUGUGGUCAAACCAUCUCUUCACACGCCAAACGCCCAAAUAAGCAGCUCAAGUUCCGUACGCUCUAACAGUUUAGAGAACUCACCAGUGAAAAGCAUUGCCAGUGGAAUUAUAGAUGCACACAGUGGUAAUACUCAGGAGUUCAAAAAAGUGCGCUCAGAAUUUGAUUCACCCGCCUCUCUUGGAUGUGAAAUCAGCGGCUCUGGUGUUGGACUUGGGGUGGGGGCCUUUAAACGCGACGGGGAGGCAGAGACAGGAGCUCAUUGUGACAGAGAGCAGCAGAGAAAACUAGGAAUAGCACGGCUCCAACGGCAUGAGCAAAUAGUCGAUGAAGUUAAGCUAGCACUGAAGCCAUUCUUCAGACAUGAAGAGAUUACAAAAGAUGAGUACAAGAUUAUCAUGAGAAAGAGUGUGGAAAAGAUUAAAGAGUCAAGUAGCAGUGUGGAUAGGGAAAGAGUUUCCAGACUUGUAAAGAAAUACAUCAAAAAAAUUAAAGGAGAUAAAUUUAGCGGAUGGUAACAAUGAAAGGUGUGAGAAAAGUUUAACUUUCGUUUGGUUCACUGUAGCGAGGAUAUUCCAAACAUUUUCAACAGAUUUGUACGAGUUAACUUUGAGAAAAGCUUAAUAUUUUGAUGCGGUAUUUUUGAGCAAACAUUACGAGAAAUUUUCGUAUAAUUUUUUUUCAGAUUUAUACCAUAGGUGUAUUUUAUCGUACUUGUUUCAAAACCAAAUUGAGAUUUCAAAAAGUCUAAAUAAGAAGAGCUAAUGGCUUUGUUCUUGUUGCUAUUGUUAUUGUUUUGGUUGUUUUAGAGUAAUUGAGUUAGAAAGAGAAAUAAUAAGAGUAAUCAUCCACACGGCGUUCGAAAUGUUAACAAAUAUUCCCAGUUUUCUCCCAAUAUUCUUGUAUUUUCCCUUUUUAACUUUUCGAUAAUAAUUCAUUAACUUAUGACGCAUAAGACAGUCUCUUAACAAACAAAUAACUUUAUUCGCCUAUUACUAGCACAAUAUGAGAGCUAAUGGUUGAUUACAUUACCUUAGAUUUAGAAACAAAAUUUCUACUCCAAGCUUCUAUAUACCAUUUGAAUGGCGUUUGAAACGCAAAAAAACUUAAUGCUAGUAUUAAUCAGGCAAUUAGCUACACAAACUAAUGUAUUUUUUAAAAGUAAAAGCAACAUUUUUGC